AUGCUGUCAGAAGGUUACCUUUAUGGAAUUGCCUACCUCUGUGAAGACCUGGACCCUGAGCUCUACAGCAGGAGUUCAGGUGAGGAAGUGGUGUGUGAAAUGAGGUCCAUUAAUUACUCUUCCAUGGAAGAAGCACAAGGAAAAAGCCUACUUCAGAGAUGCAGGUCUGCUGGCAAGUGCACUUCCUCAGCCUGCUCUCGAGGCAGCAAGCAGAGCAGAAGACAGAAGGAAAAUCCCCUACAGCCUACGCAGCACCCUGCAGGCUUGGGGCAGCCAUCCCUGGCCACGCAGGCCUGCGAUGGGCUGGCAAGAAAAGACACUUACUUGGUUCCAUCUUCCUGCAAGAGCAUUUGCAAGAACUACAAUGACUUGCACAUAGCCGGGGACUACGUGGUGCCGAUUAGCUCAGUCACGACGGAUUUCACCUGUGACAGCGGCAUAGGCCCCUUCUUGGAGUCCUCGGAGAUUCCUCCCCCCAUGGAGUCCAUGAGGGUGCCCCCCCCCAGUGACAGCAGCCGCAAGCCCGCCCAGGGCUACUCCUCGUGCUGGAGGUUGGCCAGCUUAGUGCCCCACCAGCAGCCCCUCUCGGACUCGGCCCUAAACGACUACCUGGAACAGAAGCUGGUGGAGCUCUAUAAGCAGUACAUCAUGGAUAGCACGGCAAACAGGGCAUCCCCUACUCAGAUCCUGGCCUCGGAGCUCAUCAUGACUAACGUGGAUCAAAUCAGCGUGCAGAUAUCACGGGAGAGGAACAUGGAGGCCACCAAGGCCAAAGACAUUGUCAUUAGCCGCUUCUUACGGAUUGCCAGUGAAAAAAUAUCCUCGGAAAUCAGCACACCCAGUCUGCACAUUUCCCAGUAUAGCCACACUAAUGCAUAGUAUUUGAAUGUCUUCCAUUAAAAGGAUUUUAUGUUCAACGACAUAAAUUUUUAAUUUUUUAAGACAUUUUUUCUGCUUCAUAAAAAUGUAUUUCCCAUC